UUAGUCCGAAUCAUAUAUUUAGUUCAUAGUUGAAUUUGGUCUAAUUGCCAUGUUGGUCUGCUUUAAAAACACUGAUUUUACCGUAACGCUGUGUAAAUUGUGUAAAUUUUGACCUGACUACGGAAUUGUAUAAAAUUUGACUUUUUGGAAGACUUGACUAUGGAAUUUUGUUCACUACUCGGCAUUAACUCAUCCACGUUAACGAAAUUUCCUACACACUGUAUUAAUAGAAGAAAGAAAAAAUGUUGGUGGGUCUUCCAUAUUUAACUGUUGAUUUUCCCAUGUUUCAUUAAAAUAUUUUUCUCUUGACAACAAAAUAUUUUUUUCUAAGAAGGUUUUUCUAUUGUUCAACUUUGCUUCAGAAUUCUUUGACUAGCGUACUUUAAAAGUCAACUAUUCAAACUGGAGCUGGUUUAUGAGAGAUGCCCCAUCAAAAUGGUAACAAACAAAUAUUUGACCUAUCAGCCGAAAUAUGAGUUUUCUGUGGCGUAUUUGUCUGCCAAAUCUUUAUAAAUAACUUCAUAGACUCAGUUUGCUGUUUUAGUAUUAAUAAAAAUUAUUUUGACGGAAAAAAUUAUGAGCAGAAGAAGGGUGUUCAUAGACUUAUAAAAAAAACUGUAGAAUGAAUAAAUUUGUAAAUCAAAUUUUUAUCUCCUUUGUAUUCUGUAUCAUUGGUUAGUUAGUAACCUAUGUAAGUAAUUUUCUUUUAAUCAAUAAAAUCUUGCUGAUAAAAAUCCUUAUAUAGUUCAUUUUUCUGCACCUAUUUCAUUUUUUUCCGGGUAAAGAUCAUAAACUAAAAACAAUUUAAGGCAGAUUUAAAAAAAAAAAACAAUUUAGCGGUGAUAAACUGAUAACUUAAGCUAAUCAUUUUGGACUUGUUGUCCCAAGCCCAAUACUAUUAAUUUCUCACCAAGGCCCUAUAUUAAUUACAAAAGUGGAUGUCAAAGCUUCAAUCAAAACCAAGCUGGAAUCCAAUACGACCGUUGAAUGUGGAUGUGAAUCCCAAAUCAGAAACCACCGUUUUUGGAUAUCGCCAUGGUCAUCUUAUCCCUCGUCUCUUGCUCUGUUUCCCUCUUCUCACCUCCCAUUAGUCUCCGGCUUCGUUUCCCCCCUGUUACAUCUCUCUUUUCCCAUGUAAGCUUCCCUGCUUCUACAUUUAAGCCUGAGCUACGGCCGUUGUUUGUCUGCUGCUUACAACGUCGGGAGACCGCUCAUAUUCACCGAUGUAACUGCCUUACUUGUACGAUUGAUGGGGAAACUCAAAUAGGGUCUCUGUUUUCGCUUUUCCGAGAUAUUGGGUUUAAAGAGGAAGAAACGGAGAUGAUUCUGGCGAAGAACCCAGAUGUAAAGUCGACGCCUUUGGAUAAGAUCAGUGCUCGUGUCGCUUCUCUUCAGUCUCUGAAACUCGACGGCUUCGCGCUUCAAGGUUUGAUUGCAAAGUGCCCUUCUUUAUUAACCUCAGAAGAGUUAGAUCUCGUUAUUACCUUCUUGGUUGAUGAGCUCGAAGGAAGGCUUGACCCUGAGCUAGUGGAACGCAUACUCGCUGCGUCAGACACUUCUUUCUUGCUUAGUUUCAACCAGAAGGUGAGGCUGCUUAUCCACCAUGGGAUACCUAAAGAAAAGAUCUCUUACGUGUUGAGCAAAGUGUACCUGAAUAAACUCAUGUAUCAGAAAUCAGUUGAAGACAUUGAGAGAUUGAUUAGUUACUUGGAACCUUUUGGUGGAAUCGGUAUCAUUGCGAGGCGGCCAGUUAUCCUCAACAGUGACUUGGAUACUCAGUUGAUUCCUAGGGUUGAGUUCAUUAGGAAUCUCAGCGGGGAAGAUGACUUCGCCACUGGAACCGUGCUACGUAGACUACCUGCUAUACUGAGUUACAGCGUUGACCAUAUGACCAGCCACGUUGAGUUCCUCAAGUCUUUUGCUGGCUUGACGAGCGAGCAAGUGUUUAAGAUUGUUCAUGUGUUCCCUAACGUGAUCAGCACUAGUAAAGAGAGGAAACUGAGGCCGAGGAUAGAGUUUCUGAAAGAGUCUGGCUUUGAUUCCCCCGGCAUGUUCAAGUUCUUGAGUAAAGCGCCGUUGUUUCUAGCUCUAUCAGAAGACAACCUCUCGCAUAAACUAGGGUUUCUAGUGAAGAUUGGAUACAAGCAUAGAACAAGGGAGCUGGCGUUUGCGAUGGGGGCUGUGACCAGAACUAGCUCUGACAAUAUGCAGAGGGUGAUUGGGCUGUACUUGAGUUACGGUCUUUCGCUUGAAGACAUUCUAGCUAUGAGCACAAAGCAUCCUCAAGUCCUGCAGUAUAGUCAUACUUCCUUAGAGGAGAAACUGGAGUAUUUGAUAGAGUACAUGGGUCGUGAAGUGGAGGAGCUUUUGGCUUUCCCUGCGUUUCUUGGGUACAAGCUUGAUAGCAGGAUCAAGCACCGGUAUGAAGAAAAGCUGAAGAGCAGAGGUGAAAACAUGUCUCUUAACAAGCUUUUGACAGUCUCAGCUGAAAGAUUCUCUAAGACAGCGGAUAAUAUUGAAGUGAUUUGCUUGUGAUUUGAGUGACAAAAGAUUUUAGUGAACCGAGUUUGAGGUCAUUGAAAACUUACAAUAGUUUAAAAAGUUGAGAGUUUAUAUAUCACAAUUUCUCACUUGGAUAUCAAACAUUCAAAUUUCUCCUUUACUUGCCUUGAUUUUUAUAUGGUGUAGCUAAGCUUUUUUUAUGUAUAUGUUCCUUAAAUGUUCUUUGCUCAGAGGUUGGUUAGUGCAUAAGUUAAUGAAUUGGUGAACAAUGCAAACAAAUCUUUCACUACCUUUU